CCCGCUCUCUGCUUCCUCGCAGCAUGGAGGAGCCUGUGGGAGCGCGGCCCCAGGGACGGCGGCGGCCCGAGGGGCCCGGCCCGGCUCUCCCUUGGCCUCGUGGACGGCGAGGGGGCGGCGGGCACCGGAGCGCGGAGGAUCCAAGGGACCAGGCCCUUCUCCCUGUCUGCUGCUGCCGGCGCUGUGCUGGGAAUGGGCCGGUGGGGAGCUGGCGGCGGGGAGCAGCAGCUCACUCUGCAGGAUGUGGCACAGCUGCUGCGGAAGCAGGAAUGUCGCCGAGUGGUGGUGAUGGCCGGCGCUGGGAUCAGCACCCCCAGUGGCAUCCCAGAUUUCAGGUCCCCAGGGAGUGGCCUUUACAGCAACCUGGAGCAGUACGACAUUCCUUACCCAGAAGCCAUCUUUGAGCUGAUGUAUUUCUGCGUCAACCCGAAGCCGUUUUUCACUCUGGCCAAGGAGCUCUACCCUGGCAACUACAGGCCCAACUACGCGCACUAUUUCCUGAGACUCCUGCAUGACAAAGGGCUCCUCCUACGCCUCUACACCCAGAACAUCGAUGGGCUGGAGAGAGCUGCUGGGAUCCCGCCCGAUAAACUGGUGGAAGCCCAUGGCACCUUCGCCACCGCCACGUGCACGGUCUGUCGGAGGAAGUUCCCAGGAGAGGACUUGAGGGGGGACGUCAUGGCAGGGAGGGUCCCUUGCUGUCCUGUCUGCACUGGGGUCAUCAAACCCGACAUUGUGUUCUUCGGUGAGGAGCUCCCACAGCGCUUCUUCCUGCACGUGACGGACUUCCCCACGGCAGACCUACUUUUCGUCAUUGGAACAUCCCUGGAGGUUGAGCCCUUUGCCAGCCUGGCAGGAGCCGUCCGCAGCCCUGUGCCCCGAGUCCUGAUCAACCGAGACCUUGUUGGACCCUUCGCCUGGCGGCAGCGCCACAACGAUGUAGCUCAGCUGGGGGACGUGGUCCGUGGGGUCGAGAGGCUGGUGGAGCUCCUGGGCUGGACCGGGGAGAUGCGAGCGCUGAUCCAGAGGGAAGAGGCGAAGGUGGGAGCAGGGCUCCAAGCCCCCAUGCCUGGGCUCGCUGCAGGGAGCAGGGCUGUGCUGGCAGAACUGAACAAGCUUUAGCUCACCAAGCGUGCCCCAUAAUCACACCCUUGAGAACUGAGAAAGUACAGUCAUUCCUCUUCUCCUUCCACAGGAGGAGACAGACAUAGGAGUUAAAGAUACAGUCACAAGUAAAACCAAACCCUCUGACUGACUCAGGUUGCAGGGAUCUCAGAGCACAUGCCCAGGGCUAAACUUCCAGAAGAACUGAGCACCGGAAACCAGAUGGUGACACUCAAUCCAUAUUUCAUAAGAUACACCCCAAAAGUGGCAGACCCCAAGUUUGUGUCUGAAUUCAUGCCCCGUGUCCCAGCUCAAACACCAAGUCAGUGCAAGGUAGAGCUCAGAUCUUGGGAGAACCCAUCCUAUGUGUCAGGCUGGACCUGGCAAAACUUCACACUAACAUUAGCUGUGGCUCAGGCGAAGGAGGUCCCGUUCCCCACCCUGCUUGCCUGGUCCCCUCGUGCUGUGCCAACACAGGCAUUAGUGCAAUCAGCCAAUGAAUGGGACCACAAACCCGAUACAGCUGGAAAAUAACCCAGGAAAAAAAAAGUUAUUCUUUAGGUCAGUCGGCCCACCAACCAUAUGCAGCUGUGCAAAGGGCUGUCCUUGCUUGAAAGGACUGCAAGAGCAGAAAUAGAUAGGCAGGAGCAUCUCUUCCCAUGAAGCACCAUCUUACACCAGCUUAAAGCAUCUGCUAAUUCCCAGCCUGUGCUGAACCCCGCAGCUGGCUCACAGCAGAGCACUGACCCUCUGGAGCCCUGCGCACUGCCCUGACCCUUGCCUAGCAGACCAGGCCACAAACAUGAAGGAUCAUGCUUUUUGUACACCUGUGGCUGAGCCUGUAUCCAUCACGGAACCCAGAGGGCUUGCUAAUGCUGCAGGGAUGCUGACCUGUAUCAUAGAACACCAACUGCUGAUGGGAAAACUGGAGCCAGAUGCUCUGAGAACACCAUUCCCUAAUCAAGUUAAUGAAAACACACUCAUUUCUUUUCCCGUAGGAGCUGCCACCACCAAGCCCUGCUGGACACAAGUACAGAGCAGCAGCAGAUAAGAAAGCA